UUUCAGGAUAUCAUUUAAAGAAUUUCCCUAUAAAAACCUAAUUAAAUAUUACAAAAAUUGUAUAAAAUCACUCCUUGAAUAAUGCGAAAACGUAAAUUAAAGAAGUUUUGUAAAAAUUUCUGCGAUUAUAAGCUUUAAUUUGCCAUCGAAAAAAUUUUAUGGUGCAGACACAGCGAAGAAACCGAAAAAGAGGAAAAAAAACUUACUGAGCAAAAAAAGAAUCAACAUAACAAAGAGUAAUUGAAAAAAAUAUAGUGAACAUCGAAUGUGUUUCGAGUAAAGUAAAGCUUGUGUGUGCGUGAGUGUGUUUUAAUAAGGGAAAAAGUGGUGCGACCAAUUUUUAUAUUGUUUCAUACCCAGUGAAGAAAAAUUCACCUUCAAUUUGGAGAGGAGAGAUCGGUCUCUUCUUCUUGGGUCGUCAACAUUGUGAAAAAAAUUAACCAAAAUUUCCUAAACAGCUUGGCCACCACCAAAACUCUCACUGCUUUUCCUUAUUAAAAAACGCAAAGAAAAUUAAAUUUGAACUUCUUAUCUUUCACCAAAACAGAAACAAUGAAAAUGUUUUAUUUAAUUUACUUAAAUGAGUAACAAACUCAACAAAUUUGAAUUUUAAAUUCAAUAAACAAAUAACGUCGAAGUUCUUUUGUAAAAAUUCCUUAGAUACCAAGAUUUCAAUAUAAAGGAAUAGGAACAAAGUUCCAAAAGGAAAAUUCCAAACUGUGGGACUGCAAAACCUGAGGAACCUGAACCUCCAUUGCCGCUUUCUCUCGCUCUCCCUCUCUCUCAUUCUCUCUAUGUGGAGGAGCAGGAGGCUUUAGUUAAAAGUGCAACUAGUCUCCUUUCGUUGUUGUUUUUGCUGUUUGAUAUACGAAAGUUAAAGGAUAUGCUUCGCUUGAUGCAUUAAUACACAACAAAAGACAACGAAGAAAAAAUUCCAAAAAAAAAAAACAAAAUUUGACACGUGAGCCACCUGUUGGUACGCAAGAGCAACGCAACAACAUUCAACACUCAAACGAAAACAACAACAAUAAUCACAACACAUGACUUCCGGUUCCAUUUAUUUGGAGUUUAGCGAAACGCAAGUACAAUUCUUUGAAAAGUAUUGAGGCGUAGGAGAAGAGGAAGAAGGAAAUAACUCCAGAGUAGAAGAAGAGAGGGUUAAAUUUGUAAGCAAAUAGUUUAACUAACUCUAAUAUCAUCAUCAAAAUAUUUUAAAUAUAUUUUACAAUAAGAAAUAAUUGUGUAAACCCCCCAUUAACAAUAAUAACAAUAACAAAAUGACUACCGAUACCCGCCGACGAGUCAAAUUGUAUGCUUUAAAUGCAGAACGUCAAUGGGACGAUCGUGGCACCGGUCAUGUUUCAUCCAACUACGUGGACAGACUAAAAGGUAUCUCUUUGCUGGUACGCGCUGAAUCCGAUGGUAGCUUACUUUUGGAAAGUAAAAUACAACCCGACACCGCCUACCAAAAGCAACAGGACACCCUUAUUGUUUGGUCCGAAGGUGAUAAUUUUGAUUUAGCCCUAAGUUUUCAAGAGAAGGCCGGAUGUGAUGAAAUAUGGGAGAAAAUAUGCCAGGUUCAAGGCAAAGAUCCUUCCGUUGAAAUUACCCAGGAUAUAGUUGAGGAAUCCGAAGAUGAACGCUUCGAAGAUAUGUCCGACACAGCACCGCCCAUUGAAUUGCCGCCUUGUGAAUUGGCCCGCCUAGAAGACAUCUCCGAAGUUAUACAGAAUUGUUUAACCACACCAUUGCGCAAGGAGAAACUAUCCAUGGCCUUGGAGUCGGAGAAUUAUAUUAAGAAACUACUUAAUAUAUUCCAUGUGUGCGAGGAUUUGGAUAAUACCGAGGGCCUGCAUCAUCUCUUUGAAAUAUUCAAAAAUAUAUUUCUAUUGAAUAAGAAUGCACUGUUCGAAAUUAUGUUUGCAGAGGAUACCAUCUUUGAUGUGGUCGGCUGUCUCGAGUACGAUCCGAGCGCCACCCAGCCGAAGAAACAUCGUCAGUAUUUAAAGCAAUGGGCCAAAUUCCGUGAAGCAGUCCCCAUUAAGAAUCAAGAUCUAUUAGCUAAAAUCCAUCAGACAUUUCGUGUGCAGUAUAUACAGGAUAUUAUAUUGCCCACGCCAUCCGUAUUCGUAGAGGAUAAUAUGUUAAAUACUUUAUCUAGUUUUAUAUUUUUCAACAAAGUCGAGAUUGUCACACUGAUACAAGAGGAUGAGCGUUUUCUUGUCGAUAUGUUCACAAUGCUUACCGAUCCAAAUACCAGCGAUGCCAAGCGUCGUGACAUUGUCCUGUUUUUGAAGGAGUUCUGCAAUUAUGCCCAGAACCUGCAGCCGCAGGGCAAGGAUUCGUUCUACAAAACUCUGACAUGUUUGGGCAUACUGCAGGCAUUGGAGAUAACGCUGGUGAUGAAUGAUCAGAAGACUAAGGCGGCUUCAAUAGACAUACUGACGGCGAUUGUUGAAUUUUCGCCGUUGGUUGUACGUAACUAUACACUGCAACAAGUGAGUCGUACCGAAGGGGAUCGCAUGUUACUGAACAUUGCCAUUGAACAAAUGUUGAAUGAUUCCGAACCCGAAUUGGGCGUUGCUGUGCAAUUGAUGGGCAUAAUCAAGAUAUUACUGGAACCCGAGAAUAUGUUAACUGAAAAGGGCGAUUUCUUGAACUUUUUCUAUAAACACAGUAUACAAACAUUAAUAGCACCCUUGUUGCUCAAUACAAUCGAUGAUCGUCCGCAAAACGAAGAUUAUCAAACAGCACAAUUAUUGGGAAUAGUUUUAGAUAUUUUAUCAUUUUGUGUCGAACAUCAUACUUAUCACAUAAAGAAUUUUAUCAUACAAAAAGAUCUCCUCAAGAGAAUUCUAGUACUCAUGAAGAGUUCUCACACGUUCCUUGUUUUAGGCGCUUUAAGGCUUUUAAGAAAGAUUGUAGCAUUAAAAGAUGAAUUCUAUAACAGACACAUUGUUAAGGGCAAUCUAUUUGCCCCCGUUGUGGAUGCAUUCAUACGCAACAAUGGUCGUUAUAAUCUUCUCGAAUCGGCUAUAUUGGAACUAUUUGAAUUUGUUAAAUUGGAGGACAUCAAGACGUUAUGUGUUUAUUUUGUUGAGACAUUUAGCAAGAUAUUUGAUGAAAUCGAAUAUGUUCAAACGUUUAAAUAUUUGAAGAAUCGUUACGAUCAAUAUCAAGAACGAAUAAAAGAUCGCGACAAGAUGGGUCUUGAUACUGGCAUUUCAAUAAUUCGUAGCGGACGUUUUCGUCGUGAUCAACGGCAACUGGAAGAGGAAGAAGAAAUGUGGUUUAAUGAAGAGGAAGACCUAGAAGAAAUCGAUACGUAUAAUGCCGUCAUGAAGUCCGUUACUGAAAAAAAUGGUUCACCCACAUCUCAACAGCAAAUGCAACAGAAAUCACCGCCACAGAAUGCACAACAGCAACUGCAACAGCACGGCACCAGUAAUAGUAUGUUGAGUGGUAAUUCAUCUGCCAAUAGUUUGAAUAUAACAUCUGCGGCGACGACAUCAAAUCAUUCACCUACAGGUGGCGGCGGCGGUGGUGGCGGGGGCAGUGCGGUUGGCGACAACAAUGCAGGCGGCCUACAAAUACCCUCCACCAGCAGCAAUAGCAGCAGCUCUAGCACCAGCGCCAGUAGUAGUAAUUGUAGCAGCAGCAGCAGCAACAGCAGCAUCAGUAAUAGUGAACCACAAACGUCCGCCGCCGCUCAUUUGAGUGCAAAUUUAGCAUUGCAUCAGCAACAACAACAACAGCAGCAGGAUCAACAGCCUCACAGCUAUCAACAGCAACAACAAUUGAAUCUGAAUAGUACAUUGGUUGCGGCGGCUGCAGCAGCGGCAGCUGUUGGUGUUUCAUCACAUUUGGAAGCGCAACAAACACAACAAAGUGAUAUUGUUGAAUUGCAACAACAGCUGGCAGCAGUUGAACAACAGCAAGAAUUGGCGGCGCUAAAUGGUGGCGCCAGUGGAUCAAGCAGCUGCACUACUGACACCUUACCUUCGAAUGCAGCGGCCAACAGCAGCGUUACGCAAUCCUCGACGGCAGGUCCAUCAUCAAGUGCUCUGUCCGAAUCUGCAGUGGCCGCAGCAGCGGCUGCAACACAAUUACUAUCAACGAUGGCGCCAAGCGAAGCCGUUGCCGCUGUAGUUGUUGCUGUAGCAAAUAAACUUAAUAGCUGUAAUAAUGCCGCUAAUGUUAUUGAAAAUAAAGAGGCAGCGCCGUCACAUUCACCGUCAGCAAUAACCGGAGAAAAAUUUCUAAAGAAGCUUGUUGAUUACGGUAGUGAUUCGGGUGAUGAAUACGAACCGGAUGAGGACGAUGAGGAAGAAACGCCACAUCAAAAGAAACCACGUUUGGCAUAGCAACUUUA